AUGGGCAAGGCGUCGCGUGACAAGAGGGACAUCUACUACCGCAAGGCCAAGUACGAGGGCUGGCGAGCUCGGUCGGCGUUCAAGCUCAUUCAGCUCGAUGAGCAGUUUGGCUUUCUCCAUGACGCCAAGCGCGUGGUUGAUCUCUGUGCUGCGCCGGGCUCAUGGUCGCAGGUCCUCUCACACAAGCUCGUCUCGGGCCUCCCGCUCUCGUCGUCGGAGACCAACGUGCUCCGUCGCGAACCGGCAGAGUCAUCGGCUGACGCCGAUGUCGCCGCAGGCGCUGCUGCCUCGGCUGGCGGCGAGCCGGCCAAGAUUGUGGCGGUGGACUUGCAGGACAUGGCGCCGCUACCGGGUGUGACCCAACUCAAGGGCGACAUUACCAAGCUCACGACUGUGCAGCAGAUUCUGGGUCACUUUGAGGGUGAGAAGGCCGACGUGGUGCUCUCAGACGGCGCGCCGGACGUGACCGGCCUUCAUGACGUCGACGAGUACCUGCAGGCGCAGCUUCUUCUGGCGGCCCUCAACAUCACUACACACCUGCUGCGCCCGGGUGGCACCUUCUGCGCCAAGAUCUUCCGCGGCAAGGACACAACGCUGCUGUACUCGCAGCUCAAGGUGUUCUUUCCGGUCGUCACCAUUGCCAAGCCCAAGUCGUCGCGCAACUCGUCGAUUGAGUCGUUUGUGGUGUGCCAGGGCUACACGCCGCCGGCCAACUACGUCCCGACCAUGAUGGAUCCGCUGCUGGAUGCCCCGUAUGGCGAGGACAACCCGCUCGAUGGGCCGAACCGCAUCGUCGUCCCUUUCCUCUCUUGCGGCGACCUCUCGGGCCUCGACUCGGACGUCUCGUACCCGCUCGACUUUGGCCCCGGCAACGACGCCACACCUUACGUCCCGCUUGACCCGGUCCAGCCGCCCAUCGAGCCUGCCCACGCGAGCUCAGCCGCCGAGCGAAAGGCGUUCCGCCAGUAG